GUUUUCUGUUUUUUUUUUUUUUUUGUUUUUCUUUGAGGUUAGUAAUUGAUGUUGAAGGUUAGUAUCUUUUCUAUUUCUUUCUUUCUUUUUUUAUUUUGGAUGAAAGUCUCCAAAGUUAUUGAUGUAAAUAAUAAAAAUCCUGUGUAUUCCAAUCCAAUAUGUUUUUACGAAAGGUGAAGUUUUCAACUAGACAAACUGUAGGCCUGCUUAACGGAGUCUUAAGAUUAAUAAGAAAUUCUGUUCAUGAUAAUGAGAUGUGUCUUUCAAUGGCUAAAAUGACCUACAUGAGUUUAGAUACUAUAUUUUAAUUGCUGAACUUAGUAAUGCAAUGAAAAAUGUGAAUUGCAGAAAACAACUCAGAUGCUUAAUGUUGUCUUGUUUGUGUUACAUUCCUGAUCCUGAACAAUCAACCCAACAACAACACACACAAAUAUCCUACUCAGCAAAUCAAUCAAACAACACACGAGAAAUUACUAGUGGAAACUAGCUUAUAUUCACUGUAAGUCGACUAGUCACAACACACCUUCACUCAAAGUUACAAACAAGAACAAAUGUAAAUAACAAUGGAUAAUUCUGAUAAUUUGAGGAGUCGGAGACCUUUCUUUCAGACGAAGCUGCCUCAAACCAAAAUAUAUUCUCUUGUAAUUUUCUCCUCUCCUCCUUUCUCUUUCUUCUUUAUUUUAUACCAAUGCCAAUUUUUUUUUUUUAAUUCCAUCAUUUACCUUAGAUGUAUGCACUUCUUUUGGAUAUUUGCUACCUCACCCAAAGGCAAAGUUCUUCUGCUCCCACCGUUACCCUUCUUCUUGUAGACUCUAGUAAUUGGUGUCUAACAUUACCUCACCCAAUGAAAGCCACCUUGUCCUCAAGAUGUAAAUGUGGGAAUAAUGUAUUAAUUGCUUCAAAGCUCUCCCAAUUAAUCGUGUCCCAAUUACAAGAUUGUGUUGUAUUAGCACGAUUCAACUGUUUCUUCUUGUAUUGCCAUGCUAAUUGAAUAUGCAUAGUAACAAAGUCUUGUGAAUUCGAUAAUUCACACCUUAUGGCACCUUCAGCUCUAUGUUCCAUCAGAAUCUUGCGAAAAGACUGUAACUUCUUCAAUGGCUGAUGCUUGGGGGUGAAAAUGCUUCUGCAUUUGUUAAACAUUCUACUAUCUUGUUGCUAAGCAAUCGUUGCCCGAGGAUUCUUAGUUUCUUUACCUCUCUAUUUAUAGAUGAGUGUUCAAGACACCAUGUAAGGAGUACCUUUCCACAAACAUGCCCCUCGCAUAAGAGAACUCUUGUCCCAUUUCUCUUGUGCUCUCCAUUUUCCCACACAUAAUGCACACUAUCUUCUUUAUCAAACCACAACGAUAUAAAAUUUUGCUUUUCUUAAUAUAUUAUUUGUCUCAAUCUCUCACAAAUUGCUUCUAGUAUUGUUUCGUCCAUCACAAAAAAAAAUUCUUUCUUUCUUCACAAAUUUGAAACAUGUCUUCGUAUAUCUCUUUGCAGGUUUUCAAGUAAACUCUCAAAAAGCAUUUUGUCAUUCACCCCUUAGGUUGUUUCCUAAUUAUAUUGGUCAACUGCUUGUACUUCUUAGCUCCUUAGGGAAGCAUUGAUGGCUCAUCCAUUGCUCCAUAUCUCAUCUUUUUAAUGACAUCUUUGAGCUCCAUUUGCACUCUACAGUUUUUUUUUCUUUCUAUUCAACAACGUCUCUAACUCCUAUGUCUUGUUUUUCUCUAGAGCGUCCAUCUCCACCUUCAAUGCAACUUUUUGAUUAUUCUCAUUUUGUGCCUCGGAUAAAGUCUUGGGUAUGAAAAUUGUGUUUAGGUUGGUAAGGAAAGCUUUAUACUUAGGGAAUAAGUGUUUGUAGGUUAGGAACAAGUGUAAAGGAGCUUUGGUCCAUGUUGUAGUGCCUUUUCUAAUGGCAAUAGGAACAUCUAAAUCAUUUAGAUCUGAGAUUUUAAUUUCACUAGAUUUGAAAGCAGUGUUUACCUCAAAAGUUUCAAAAUUUGGAUUAAAUUUGGGUAUUUGAACCCAUCUAGAUUGAGUUCUUGGCCUCUUUUUUCCUUAAGUACACCUAUAGUGGAUGAAUCAUAUUUGAUUACUUUUCCUUUAUCAACUUUUGUGAGUUGAUGUGAGAAGUUGACUUAGAGGAAGUUGGAACGUUAAGCGACUCGUAGAGUAGGAGAUUCAAACUCAGGUAGAGUAAGAGUGUAAGGCAAUAUAGGAUUAGAGAUUGAAGACUUUGGAAAUUCAGGCAAGGAACGUAAAAAUUGUCCUCUUCCAAAAGUAAUAUGUUCACUUGAAGAGGACUAGCAAAAUAGAGUUCCUUUUCAACAAGUGUGACAUCGAUAGAAACUUAAAAUCCCUUUGUUUGAGUGUGAUAAUACAUAUAACCUUUUUGAGUUGAAGAGUAACUAACAAAGAUAUAUAUAAGGGUUCAUCGGUCAAGUUUGCUUUUGGUUUGAGAAUGGACACGUACAAAGGACACACAAACAAAGAUUUUAGGGACCAAACCCUAAAGGUGGAAAAGAAUUUUGUGGGGAGUUGUACUGGACUUUAGGAAUCAAGGCUUCUUAAGGGUAAUAUGUUAGUAAGAUGGGUAGUUGUCAAAACUGUUUCCCCCAAAUAUUGUUUUGGAACAUUAGUAAGAAAUAUAAUUGCUUUUGUGAUGACUAAAUAAUGUUUGUGUUUCCUUUCAACAACCCCAUUUUGCUGGGGUGUAUCAACACAUAACAACUCAUGAAUUUCACAUUUUUCUUGAAAAUAAAGAGCAAAAGACUAAUUGAAGUAAUCUUUUGAAACAAAAUUUUUAAUUGCAACAUUAAACUGUGUUUUGAUCAUAUUAUAGAAAAUCGGAAAAAAUUAGCUCACUUUAGAUUUAUGUUUCAAAAGAAAUAACCAUGUCACACGUGUAUAGUUGUCAAUAAAAGAAACAAACCAUCGAGUCUUAGAAAUAUUAGGAAUGGCAGAAAGCCUCCAAAUAUCAUUAUGAAUAAUUGUUAAAGGGAAAAUACUUCUUUUAUUACUAAUUGGGAAUUGGACUCGCUUAUGUUUUGCAAGUUCACAGACAUCUUAAUGAAAAUUGUCAACAACUAAUCGUUUGAACGAUAAAAAAAAAUAUUUUUAGAAUACUAAAGGAGGGAUGACUAAGACGAAGGUGGUGAAGCCAAAAUUUGCGUGUAUUGUAUUUGAAUGACUCAACAUGAAAUGAUAAGGGGGUGAAACAAUUGUUGGAUUAACUUGCUCGUUGGUUUUUUCAAGAUAGUAUAAUCUAUUUCUUUCUCUAGCACAUCUAAUCAUCCUCUUCAUGUGACAUUUACAAUAAGAUGGAUAAAAAUAACAUUGCAAUUAGAAUCUUAGGUUAGUAUUUGAAUUGACACAAGAUUAGUAAACAACCUAAGCACAUAAAGUACUUUUUUUAGAGUGAGAUAAUUAUUUAUACAAACAUUUCUUUGAUUGGUAAUGGUAGUUACUAAACCAUUAGCAAUGGUUAUUUUUUUAUUACUUGGCCAUAGUGCAUAUGGAACAAAUUUGUGGUAAAAACAAGUCCUAUGGUUUAUGGCUCUUGAGUCAACUAUCUAUACAUUUGGAUGGGUUAUGUGAAGCAUUAAGUGCAUGAGAAGAGGAAAAAAUACUUGUGAAGGUUGGAGUACAAGCACUUGUUCCUAUUGGUUUCUCCAAUGGCUCCAACACAUUUCUCAAAUUUUUAAUCGCUUCUUUGUUGAACUUAAUUGUUCUUGAGUGUGCUUGAGGACCCUUUUCAAUUGUUUGAUGAGUAUUUGCCACAUAUGCUUAUCCCUGCCCUUUUGAUUGUCCAUUCUUAGGAUGUUUAUCAUAGAGUUUCCAACACUUGUCUAUUAUGUGAUGAGCCUUUUUACAAUAAUUGCUUCGGAAGGAGUCCUUAUUGUUUGGCUUCAAUAGGUUAGAUUGCUUCUUUGAUUCGUCAAAAUAUUGAUCUGAACCCAAAUUCUUUGCAUUUGAUAACGUAGAUACCAAGGCUGAUCCUUCUAUAGUAGGUGACUCGAGCAUUACUCCUCUCUUUCCUUCUUCAACACGAGCAAUGGCAAUGACUUCAUUUAAGGAGGGCAAAUCCUCUUUCUCGAGAAUUUGUACUGGGACUGUACCAAAUUCAAAAUCCAGACCAGCAAGAAAAUCAUAGAUGCUCUCCUUUUUAGCAAAUCGUUUGAAGAGGGCUAUAUUAUCACUACACUUUGUUUGGAUACACUGAUAAUAAUUCAUCUCAUGCCAUAACGUUUGCAAGAGAUUGGAGUAUCCAAUGAUCGAACAAGUUUCAUGUUUGGUAGUCAUCACUUUAAUUUUGAUCUAGUAAAUAUAGGCAACAUCAUUAACUUUUGAAUAUAUAAUCUUGACAACUUCUUAGAUCUCCCUAGUGGUACUCAGGAACAUAAUAGUAUCAUUUAUCUUCGACGCUAUCGAAUUCUAUAGCCAAGACAUCACCAUAGUCUUCUUCAUCCCAUACAUAAAAUUUUGGAUUGAUUUCUUUAGGCCCAGUUCCAAAUGUAUGACUCACUUUGCCUCUUCCCUUUAAGAAUGUGUGAACCAAUUGAGAUCACUUUAAAUAGUUCUUCUCAUUCAACUUAUACACUGCCUCUACCUAGGUAUUCUGCAACUUGCUGCUUUGAAUUGAGACAUUUCCUCCAACGGACAUGAUUGUCAUUGUCGUUUUUGAUAUGCUAUUUGUUCAGUUUGUGUCCAUCAUGGUUUUGUGAUCUUAAGGGUGAUAUUAGGACAUGGUAUAGGUUGAAGAUCAGGAGAAAAUUGUUGAAGAAGAUAGUUGACCAGAUCUCAUGUUUUUAGGAAAAGAUAUGACAGAAAUUUACUUGCUAUUUUAGUUCUUUCCAUAAUAGAAUAGAUUAGCAUAAAUUGUGUAAUUAGCCUUUUAUACACCUAGAAGUUAGGCAUCUAGUUUUCUAUUUAAACCAGAUUGUAAAAUGUAAACAGUGUGAAUACAAUUUUACUUUACCUUUCUCCAAGUUAACAUGGUAUCAGAGCUAGGUUCUCAACUCUGAGAUCUAGGCUGUUUUUUCUUUUAUUUUUUGAGACCCCACAAUGACAACCAACCCAGAAAACCAGUCAAAUCAAAUCGAUCAACAUACUGUCCGAAUCUCCAAUUUAAAACUUAAUGGAGACAAUUUUCAUCGCUGGUCAUUAUCUGUCCGCUUGUAUAUUCGCGGAAGGGGAAAGAUUGGGUAUUUGACUGGUGAAAAGAAGGAACCAGACAGGAAGGAUGCAGAAUAUGCAACUUGGGAGGCAGAAAACUCAAUGGUUAUGGCGUGGCUUACCAACUCUAUGGAGGAAGAUAUAAGCGCAACCUACUUAGGAUAUUCAACAGCCAAAGAGUUGUGGGAUAACUUGACAGAAAUGUACUCAGAUCUGGGAAAUCAAUCUCAGAUCUAUGAGUUGCAACUGAAACUUGGAGAAUUAAAGCAAGGAAAUGAGACUGUGACAAAGUAUUUCUCAGCAAUGAAGAGGUUAUGGCAGGAGCUGGAUAUUUUUAAAGACUAUACUUGGAAGGAUCCUUCUGAUGCAGCUCAUUAUCAGAAGGAAGUGGAUAAUUCUAGAGUAUAUUCUUUUUUGGCAGGUUUGAAUGUAGAGUUUGAUGAAGUUAGGAGUCGCAUUAUAGGCAGACGUCCCUUAUCUUCUCUAAAUGAGGUGUUUGCAGAAGUUAGAAGGGAGGAGAGUAGACGGUCUGUUAUGUUAGGGAAAAAGGAGCCAGUACCUGCUUCUAUUGAAACUUCAGCCCUGGUUUCACAAGAAAAUACGGCUCUUAAAGCUGCUGCUCGCAAACCAGAAGAUAAGAAGAAAGUCUGGUGUGACUACUGUCACCGUCCUCGCCAUACAAGAGAGACAUGCUGGAAAUUAAACGGCAAACCAGAAAAUUGGAAGGCGAGGGAGAGGAGUUUCCCUAAUGCAAAUUCAGCAGAACAAGUGUCUCUCACAAAGGAACAGAUAGAUCAGCUCCUGAAACUAGUAAACCAUUCAUCAACUCCUAACUGCUCUCUUGUCCACACAGGACAGGAACUUGGGGAAGGAGAUUGGCAGUGCUAGAGAAGAUGGUGGGCUCUAUUAUUUUGGAGGAAAAGAUCAAGCAGUAGGGUUAUCUUGUGAUGUAAAUUCUCUCUCAAUUAGAGAGCAAAUAAUGACUUGGCAUUAUAGGUUAGGUCACCCUAGUUUUCCUUAUUUAAAGCAUUUAUUUCCGGUUUUGUUCCAGAAAUUAAAAAAUCAGUACUUGCAUUGUGAUAUA